AUGAGUGCCCUUGAUGGUGUCCCAUUCAAGGUGCCCAAGGCCUUUGUGACAGGCACAGAGCCCAUCCCUGGGCCAGAGCUCAGUGUCCCAGCCUGCAGGGAGCUUCUGCUGGGUUCUAUGCACGACUUCAGCCUGGAGAGGAGGACACUCUUCUGGGUGGAGGCUGUCCUCCGGGAACCCUGCAAGUUCCAAUGUGAUGUCCCCGGGACCGCGUCGGCCCCUCCCGCCUGGCUCUUGCUGGUCAGCCCCGAACGCGGGCUACUGCCUGAGCCUGCCUUAGCCAAAGGCCCUGAGGCCCGACCCCAAGAGCGGCCCGAGGAAGAGGAGCAGGAAAAGGAAGAAGCCUCCUCUGCUAGCGAGGAAAAGCCGGGUCCUCGCAGCCCCCAGCCCAGCACUCCAGGGAGCCCCAGCCGGGGCCAUCACGGGUGCUCGCUGGCCGUGCUGCGCGGAGUGAGAUCAGAGCUGGCGGGGGCGCGGCGGCGGCUCUCGGAGGGCAGGGCGGCCGCCCGCCCCCGCGCCCUCCUGCACCGCGUCCGUCACCGCGCGCUGAGCCUCUGCCCCAGCUCGGCGCUGCCCGUGAACCCCACGCCCCCACUCGCCAGUGCACCCACGCCACCCCCGCGGCCCUCCACAGCUGGCGCCAUGCCCCCGCGGAGCCACAAGCCCACGCUCGCGCCCCUCAUCCCAUAUACCUGCCUGCCACCUCUUGGGGGGACACCCCAGCCUCUCAUCACCCACAGAUUGUACCCUGAUUCUGCUGACCUGCUAUCUGCCCUGAGCCAAGAGGAGCAAGACCUCAUCGGGCCAGUGGUCGCCCUGGGGUAUCCCGUGCAUAGGGCCAUCAUGGCUCUGCAGAAGACAGGGCGGCAGAGCCUGAGCCAGUUUCUCAGCUACCUCAGCGCCUGCGACCAGCUGCUGCAGCAGGGCUAUGACGAGGGCCUGGUGGAGGAGGCCAUGGAGAUGUUCCAGUUCUCAGAGAGCCAGGCAGGGGAAUUCCUGCGCCUCUGGGAACAGUUCAGCGACAUGGGCUUCCAGCAGGACCGGAUCAAGGAGGUGCUGCUGGUCCAUGGCAAUCACCAAGAACAAGCCCUGGAGGAGCUGGUGGCCGGUGCCCAGUGACCACUGGGCACUGUGCGAUGCCUGGGCAUCCUAAACCUAUGCUAGACCUGACAAUCCCUUCUAACUGUAGACCACAUAAGAAUAACAAAACGAUGCAUGCUCUUUGUAAAAAUGCAAACAAUACCAAGGAUGAGAGCAAAUACUAUAGGGGAGGCAAAACUUGACCCAUCUUAGGUUUUCAGCAGGACCGAUUCACAGGAGAAAAACUAACAGUUUGGUAAAGCAUGCAGCACGCAUCAUGGGGGAGAAACCUCAAUGAAAAGUAACUCAAAGCAGAAGCUUAGAAUCCGGCUUAUAUAGCAUCUUCAACAAAAGCACAUUUGUAGAGAAAUAACAGGAUAAAGGAAAUCAGUUUUAGGCUUCUAAGGAUGGCGUACUGUUGGAAGGUAGAUAUAUGGGAGGGAACUAAUUGAGUAAGGUUUGUUUGCAGAUUCCUCUGGCGCAAACCUAGGAGGAUAAGAAUCUAUCUCCAGGCAAAGGGAAUUUAUAUCCUUCUUUAGACAAAGAAGGGCAGGAAGAGCUUUUCUUGCAUUUGCUGCUUCUUAACUGGCUUCAGCUCAAAAUAGUUUUUAUGUCAAAGAAGCACAUUUUGGAGUCACAUUCUGGUUUCCUUCAAUACCAAAUGAAUGACCUUAAAAAGUUGAAAAUGGUUGCCUAUGGGGAGGGGCUGAUGGGGGAGCAUGGGUGAGGAGCUGUGUUUUUUCGUACAAGCCUUGUACAACUACCUGUUUUUAACUCUUUAAACUGUGUGCAUUAGUAACUUUGAUUUUAAGAAAAUUAAAACAACAAAAAAAAAGAUGGGCAAUUCUUUUGGGUCCAGUGGGCUCCUGGUCUUGGUGUGGAAAGAACGUCUAGCUGUAGGUCCAAAGAUCUAAUUUCAGAUUUUUGGUUCUGUUGAUGACUGGCUGAAGACCUCUUUAGGCCUCAGUUUCCCCAGGAAAAGUAGAGAGAUUAGACCUGGCUGCUAUUCAUGAGAACCCCCUGAGGAGUUUGUUGAAGAGAGCCAGGCCCCGCUCCUGGAUAAUCUGAUUCAGAGAGUCCAACUUGGCAGCUCCUAGAAACCAGUUUUGCUUUUAUAAGAAGCUCUCUUGGGAUUCCUUUUUAAAAAUUGUGUUUUAUCUACCCCUUUCACCAUUUCUCCCAUACCCCACCCCCCAACCCUUACCGCCAUCUCUGGCAACCACGAAUCUAUUCUCUGUAUAUGUGAACUUGGUUUUUAUUUUUAGAUUCCACAUAUGAGAACAUAUCGUAUUUGUCUU